GUCAGGGGCAAUAUGGCUGACCCACAGUUCGAGCCGUUCAAGAUAUUUUUCGACCAGAUGCCUCAACAUAUUAAGGCCCCCGUUAAUUGCUACAGUUUCGUUUUGCUGGUGAUGAUACAGCCGGCUGCUUGGUAAUGGAUAGCCCAUGAUGUGGACUUUGCCCAAACGGACGAGAUGAACAAGACGCAGGCAGCUUGUUCGCCUCCCGAACAGGAGCGCCGCCUGCCGUCACCUGUGGCAGAUGGCGCAGACAGGGACUUGGUUGACGCCGUUAAUCACGCAUGUACGAUGAUGAACGAGCUGUCAGCCGGCGGGCACACGGAGCGCCGGCGGAGAAGACUGCCAGCCAUCCCAGCCAACCGAAAACCGCUGGCAAAGCUGACGCAGCAGCAGCCGAGCUCGUUGGCCGACGAGCUUCGGGGCGCGGAUCGCGAUGGGCCGCAGCAGUCCUCUCUGCCGCCCGAGUCCGGCCCCACCAAGCUGAUCCGGCAGGUCUCGGAUCGGCUAUACCUCGAGAUCGACACCUCCGGCGCACAGCCAAAGUCCUGCCUCAGGUUGUACGACAAAUCUCUGCUGAGUGGGGCCACAAACAGUGGAAGCCUGAGUCCAGAUGACCUGAGGUCAAGAUUGAGUCUAGACACGGGUGUCGACAGCGGUAACUCUACAGCUCACUCGCCGGAUGGUGCCAAGUCCAUAUCGCCCGCAUGCAAUGGGAGCCCCCUGUCGACAAGCAGUCCCAGCUCGACGACGACUUCGGGGGCCGGCCUGCUGCAGCUGCAAGACGCCACGCACCGGGGUCUGUACCGGUUCGUGCCGAGGCAUGCGGAUGAGGUGGCCAUCGACAUCGGGGACCCCGUCUACGUCAGCAAGGAGGCAGAUGACGCGUGGUGUGAAGGUGUCAACCUGAGGACCGGAGCAGGGAUCUUCCCAAGUGCCUAUGUAAUUGAUGCUGACUACUCAGACUUUGGCUCAGAGGGCCAGCAGAUCAGGAAGGAGCGCUACCUACUGGACUUCCUGGGCUCAGUUGAAGUGUCCUGCCACAAGGGCAGUGAAGUCUUCUGCCAGGCGAUUCGAAAGGUUGCCAAGGCCAGUGCUUCCGAAGUCGGCGUGCACGGUUCGCAUCCGUGUGUCCUCGAAGUCACCGAUCUUGGCCUUCGGAUGGUGGACCGUGGGCGACCAGCUCCAAACCAUGUGCCAACCCAUGACUACUUUUUCAAUCUCAAGAAUGUCACCUUCUGUGGAUAUCACCCAAAGGAUCACAAGUAUUUCGGGUUCAUCACAAAGCACCCUCUACGAGAACGCUUCGCCUGCCACGUGUUUCAAGCUGAGGGCUCUACACGGGAAGUGGCUGAAGCUGUCGGGCGAGCGUUUCGAAAAUUCUACCAGAAGUUCAUCGAGAUGGCUUACCCUGUGGAAGAUAUUUACAUAGAAUGAAUGUGGACUGGUGAGAGGGAGCCAGCAGUCAAGGGAUUGCCUCCACCCUUCCGUUUGGAGAGUUACAUGCACUGACUUUUGGCUGCACAUCUUUGUGUGUGAUAUGCCGGCGCAGUGAAAUGUUUGUGCAUUUUUGUUUGUGCUCAGCACCUGGUUUGCUGUUCUUUAUUUACGCGGCAACGCUGUUGCCUUGAUCGCUUAAAGAAGGAAUAUCAAAUCGCAGAGGUAUAGACCACCUUAUAUUAAGUGCAACAUGCAAUGCAAAAGCAAAGGCACAUCAAGGAAAACACAUGUGCUAACUUUGAUUUGGCUGCGUGCUAGAUGUGCAGUAUGGUCCACUUUUUAAUCGGACACCUGGCUCAUAAUGGAGCCAUUGUGAUGAUGCAUUUAUUAUGUCUAUGGCUUGCUGUUAUAAGCUUUAGUACAUGAUGGAGCUUACCUUUACUUUCUCUGCAUUAUUUUUAUGUACUAAGGCAUUUGAGUCCCAUGUUGCUCUCAGUGUAUCUGCAAAAUGCCCCUUCCAUAGUCAUUUGGGCUGCAGCAUCGUCAUAUAAAAUAUAAAAGAAUGAACUAAUAGCUGCAGCACUUCUUUAAGGAAGAAAGGUGGCUGAUACAAUGCGGUUGGAGACAUCUACAGGCAGAAAGUUGUUUGCAGGCCUUUAUGCAAUUCCUUGUGUAAUCGAUUUCAGGCUGGGUGUUCCCUUUAAAAGUUGACCGUACUGUAUACUUCUGAAUAACUUUGGUAUGAGCAUGGAAUCUGUUCUUUACUCAACAGCUGGUUGUUGAGAAGUCAUUUCCAAUCGAGCGAACUUGUUUUUUAUGCUCGCACCUGCUGCCCUAGUUAUUGCCCCAGUUGAAAGCAGCAUCUUUUGAAGAGAUACUUCCGAAAUAUGGCCUCCUGUUUUAUUGAAAUGUAGUCAUUCAGGGGUGGCUAUCAAAAGAGAGGAAAUGACGCAUGCUCAGAGAGGUUGCCAUUGCUUUGCCCUGGUUGCUCCAUUUUCAAAAAUGCAUCCUUUCGGAUGUUCUUGCAUUUCCCGUGUGCUCUACUUUUCAACGUGCUCACUUGCUCCCGCGCAUCCCUGAAACCAGAACAAGGUUGAAGUCAAUGUAGUAGUGCGUACUCAUACCACAUUCUUCUUUUUUAAAUUUUUGAACCUUUCUGUUGUUUUUACUUGUUUAUAGUUACCCCAGAAAACUCCUCUUGGUAUUUGUGCAACACAAGUGUUAGUAACACAGGCACACGAACUACAUGUCAAAAGCCCAUCUUCAAAAGGGAUGCUAAGGAAGGUUAUUUUGAAAAGCUGUAUCAGUAGAUAACCAACUCUGCGAUAGCACAAUAGUUAUUGUUAUCUUUAGGCAAGGUACAUUUCCUUUAGGCCAGAAAAGAUGCACGUAUGAAAGAUGGGUAGUAAUGCCGCCCUUUUAGGUCCCCACACCGGCUUGCAAUGAUGUCAUGCGGUAGACAUUGGUGUGGUUAAUUUGUUAUCAGUAAAAAAUAACUACUGUGCAUUCUGAAAGAGCCACAGAUUUACUAGCAAGUCUGGAGACAUUUCCAUUUGUGAAAGUGGCUUCGAUAUGAGAAAACGCUUUUAUAAAUCGGCUGCCACAUUAAUGUACCAACGUGGAGGUAUUAGCGUAAAAUUAAACAGAAAUGUUAAAUUUAGCUUUUGUUCUUAUUGACCAACUUUCACCAAGCUUUCUUCACCAACUUAAAGACAGUAGAGCUUUCAAAGAAUACUUCAGCAGCUUGAAGUCAUUUCGAGUUGCUCUAUAGCGUCCCUUAACAUUACCACAAAAUCCGUUACAAUUUUGGGUUCAUGUCAAAGAGUGAUGUAAUUGUAUUGAGUGUCAUGGGAUAACCAGCACCUCGGUAAUCUUUUCCUUUUCUUUUCCCCUUAUAAAUGGAUAGAGUUGGCUGUUGCAUAGUGUGUUCUGAAAAAAUUGAGCCUCGAAGAAAGAAAGAAACUGAAAAAGACCACAUUGUUUUGUUCAGUCAAUGUUGACUGUGCUCAAGAGUCAAAUAAGCUGUCCAUCAAACUUUACCUGGAAAUGUUGAAUGGAGCGUUGGUUUUCCUGCGGUGACUGUUAUUUCGAUUUUGCUUUGAAAUGGGAAGGUGCGAUUUAUGUCUCACAUGUAUGAGAAGUGUUUCAGAAUUGUUGGCACAGAAUGAGUGAGCGGGGGUGCGUCUUUUGGGAAUGGAAGUGCCGUUAAUGCUCAGUGUGGGACGACAUAGGAUUGUUGGUGUGCUGUGUUCAGUAUUCAUUGUAUUCUGUAGCAUGCCAUGGUGGAAUCCUCCAUUUUUAUUUCUGUGUUUGUUUGGAGUGAGCGAGAUGCCAAGGGGGCACAAUGUUCUCAGCCCCCUUGACUUUGGCUUUCGUGUUUUUAUGAAAUUUUUCAUCCACAUAUUCAUACUUGACAUUUGUAUCUUGACCACUGGAACAAUACCCGUGACUGAAUAUGUAGUCAGCGUACUUCAGCAACACUCUUUCAUAAUUACCGAGCUGUGAUUCCAUUAGGCACUUAUGGCGUCCAUUUAUAGGCACCUCAUUGGUGAGGUCAUUUCUCAAGCCAUUUGUUGACCCGUUGCUGAUUUGUUGCAGGGAUUUGGUAGUUAUGGGGUAUUGCUAGUUGUACGCACAAAAUUACAGAAUUCAAGAUUGAAUUUCGGCCAUGCCAGCCUUCUUCUUCACAUUGCAAGCUGCAGUUAAAAGACACACUUUUUGCAUCAGCUUCAUGAUGAUCAAAGGUGUGUGCCUGCCCCAUCACUGCUAUUACACACUGUUGAUCACAGUCCACUGUAUGCUCUGGAUGUUGAAUGGAAACUGAAGGAAAGUACUGAGAUGAAUUUUAUCUGUAGAUUAUUCGUCUAGAAAUCUAUCAUUGUUUUCUGUGUGCCAUCAUAUGAAUGUUGCAGGAAAAAUUGCCACCCAACGUCUCGCUGCUGCUCAGCUUCAGUUGCUCAUACCAAAAUGAAUCAGUAAACGUAAUCCCCACAUGACCUUCCUCUUUGCCGACCUUCAUGAAUCAACCAGUGCUGAAGUUGCAUGAUUGGUACUAUAACCCACAAUAGUUGGCGCCGCUCCUACUUUUCAUUUCCAUCAUUUCUUUUGCGUACAUAAGCUGUGUUGUUACUAUGAAUGAUGACUUUGUUAUUACAGAAACUUAAUCAUUUAAAGCUCGACCUAAUAUAUUGCUUUAGUGCCUUUUAAAGCUGAUAACUUAUUAUUCCACAUGUCCAGAAUCAGGAGGAGCAUUACACAAGUGCACCAACUACUUUGACCUAGAGGCAGCACUUCCAGAGAGAGGGACAGUACUUGAAAACGGACUGAUGCUUUUAGUGCACAGGUGUUACUCAGUGCAGUUCGUCUACAUGCAUAUUAUAAGGUUGCAAGUGAGUGUUUGUGUGCAUUUGCCAUUAGACUAUUGAAGGUCUCCUGCUAACCUACUUGAGGGAAAGGGCACAGCAAUCAGUACGAGCUAGGGAAAAUUUUUAUCCAACCUUUUGUGCAUUUGGUGCUCUCUGCAUGCCACAUCAGAAAAACACCUUUGUUUGCCACUGCAGUUAUCGUAAUUACAGAUAGCUUUUGCUGCCAUGAACUUUAAACUGAAGCGCAUUAGCUUAGUUUAAUUGGCAGCUGUGUUUCCCACUCUUCUUUACUAGCUGUAUCUUUAUCAUGUCCAUGUCCAUGCACUCGCCAAUUAUAUUGGUACCAAUUAACAGUGCAGUUAAGUCAUGAAUUCAUGCAGAGCUCUUAUUGCAUUUACGUCUGUCUGUCCUAUCAGCCAUUGUUUUUUUUCCUUUGAUACAAGUGUUAUGGAUUUAUUGACUUUAUUAGAACCUAAGUGUCCCCUUUAAAAGUAGUGUACUUUGUAUGUCUUUUUCUGCGUGGCAUUUUAUCUUGUGCGGGUGUUUUUUAGUACGGUCACAAAGGCAGCUACAUCCUCAAUUGCUGUGCAAUCCAUAUGGGCAUUAGCUUUUUUCGCUACACUUUAUUUGUUUUGCUGCAUUUGUAUUUAGCGGCAGGCUCUUGAAUGGACACUUAAGGCAAAAUGGCAUAGAUUUGUGCACCUAGUUAUUCGUCCAGAAACGUCGCAACAUUUAUCUUAUGACGACUUUGUUGAGGACUAGAUCACCUUGUUGCCGAGAAAGUCAUGCCUUGAAGAGCUGUGUAAAUUCUUAAAGUUUAAGCCAUCUUUAGUAAAAGCACUAUUACGCUGGUCAUGUCAGAGAUCAUGCUGUGCUGCAUGCCUAUGCCUGCUUUCAGCCAGUGGACCAUGCAGAGACGUCGCCACAUUCUCUUUUAAAAGUUCUGAUAAAGCAGUGGGAAGAGGCAUUCUCCUUUUCUUUGAAAAUCAACAAUAUUGACCAAACUUCUUUUGCUUUCGUGUUAAAUGUAACAUAGUGUGACUCGCCACAGUGCCUCAGUGGCCAUGAUAUCCUGCUGCAGGCCACAGAAAUGUAUUCCUUGCAAAUGUGCUGCUGCAGCAAACAGAAGUGUACUCUGGCUACUCCAGAGGCAAUGUGAAAUUUCUGCAUUUCAACCCAGCCUAAUUAAUGAGGUUGCAUCGAGCUGAUUUUCAUAGUGCACAUCAGAUUGUCGUGGCUUCUCCUCAGUUCUUUCUCCACAAGGUGGACAAUACCUGAUAGCAGUAGAUAUGCUAGUGCACAAACGUCAUUGUAAUGCCAUAACGCCUAAUUCUGGUUCUUUUGGUGCACCUUCCCUGGUUUUGGCCUUUUACAGUCAUGUUACCGGGCAUCCAGAGUAAAAAUGAGCCUUUAGUUUAAAACAGCUUCAUUUUGAACUGUUUCAUACACGAACAAGUGAAACCAUAUCGAACUCUGUUCGGUAGUCUAUACGUCUAUACGUUUAUAUUGUGUGCUUACAGCACAGUAGCUGAGUUAGUGUUGUAUGGUAGGUAGGCAAGCAUCACAGGCACGUGCGUUUGUGUCAUGCUUGCUCUUAUGUGGUGCUGGUACCAGUACACAGUGGCUGGUACUAGCACUCUGGGUUAAGUGUCACCAUGUGCUUUAACUGGUACCAGUACUGGGGAAUGGCAGGCCUGAUUGAGUGACACACCCACAGGGUGUUGCAUGGUACCUGUACAUGACAACAGGUACCACUGCUUUGUGGCCUAGGUUUCACCAAGUAAUAGGACUAGUACCAGAGCCACACAAUUGCAUGCCUGAUUCUGUGACAUUGGGCCAGCACUUAGUCUCUCACCUCAAUACUACUGCAUGUUGCAGAUUUGUGGUGACGUUCGGUUUGUGGGGGAUGGGGCAGAUAUUUAGCAUCUCCACAUCAGAACCUCUAGUAUAAAAUGUAAUCAAGGCACGAAGAAACAUUUAGGUGACACUUUGAAGAAGGCAGACCGUGAAUCCAGAGAAGGCACAGUGGUGACUCAUUACGAAGCCUGCUAAAUGUCUCCUUCUGCAACCCGAUGUCUUGGCUAACAUUCACGGUUCAGAUGAAUCAUGAUGCUUAAAAGUAUGAGGCAAGAGUAAUUUUAGGACAUGAAUUGUUCUACAACACACAUGCAUCGCGACAGUGAUGAAUUGGGCUAGUUAUACGUUCUUAUUGCACUACACACACUAACUGGGACAAGAUGAACACCAACGUAACGAAAACAUAAACUGACAAAGUUUCAUGUCAUUUUGUGUCUUCAUUCCCAGUUAGUGUUCAUCUUGUGCCCGUUAGUGUGCGUUGUCAUAGCGAAGUAACAGUGAGCAUACACCUCGAUUUCCUUUUAGCUCAGCUAAUUAGGUUUUCGUCAUGAAGAUUUGUAUGCAUGUGCGGUUUACUCUCUGGAUAUUCAGUGGUACCUUUGCCUUCACAAGAGCCGCAAUCAGUGCUUGCUUUAGGCUUGUUCAUCACAUGGUAACUGAUACUCUAUUGCUGUGACCCACAGUAAACAUGACAGCCAUAGAGGCAGUCUGCGUGGUGGACAUGCAAGCAGAAGUUCCAUCCAGUUUGAGGACUAUCACAGUCGGCCUGCACCCACCUCGAGUGCACGGUGUAUGGAUGUUGUGUUAUCGCCAAAUGCGCUGCGUUUUCUUAUUGCCUUGGGCAACGGGACUUGAAUGUUGUUGAGAGCGCUUUUUAGAUGAGAAAGUUUUGUAUAUUUGCACCCAUUUUGUGAAACUAGUCUAGUUGUUCCGCUUGUUCACUUUUUUAGCUCAUCAUACGAAGCUUUUUUCGCUACUUAUGGGAAUGGAAUAGUGCUUUUUUUAAUGAGCACUCCCCAUAAUGUUACAUUUUUUGUAGAGUGUAUUUUGAAAAAUACACAUUGUGCAAUGGAGCAUAGUGCGUAGGCUACGGAAAGGUUUUAUUUUAUUGUCUUGUGCAUUUUCAAUCCCUUUGCUCAUUUUUGCUGCUGCAGAAGCUGUGCUGUUUGGCAUUGUCCGAUGCAUGCGAUUGUGUUUGUCUUUGCAAGUUUUACUUAAUGAUGUUUUUGUCACUUUAUGCAAGUGGCAUGCUGUUUACAACCUGUAAAUACGAUUCAAGAAAGCAGCAUUCUCAUCUUCUGCUUUCCUGUUUCCUAACCCACCGUAUAUUUAGUGCAGGCCGUGUUCGUUGUACUGUGCACGUUGCUUUGGAAAUAGUUUGUUUUUGUGACUACAUGCAGCCACCAAAAUGUUUUUUUCAUCUGUUUGGCUACAGCCUUUCUGACAAAUGUCUUGUACAAAGCACUAUCUGUAAAGCUGUUAGCCAUAGCAUGUAUGCCUUGUAGGCGACUUGAUAAACUAGGUGACCUCAGAUAAUAGAUGGUGAGUGUUGAAAGUAUGAUUGUACAAAAAAAAAUUUUUUUGUCAUUUGAUCGUUGAAGCUAUUGUGCUUCUGAUUUCAUGUUUUGCCAAAGCUCUACAAUUUGUUUUUCUGAAUUGAAUGAAAAAAAGAAACGGGAAAUAUGCUGUUGUAUGAUGUUUUUGAGAACGUAUUCCUUGUUUGAUGAUUGCUGCUUUGCCAGCACUUUGAAUGCUCAGUGUGUACUCAUGUGCCACAAAUUUGUACAGAUAUGUUGCACAAUGUAACACUCUUGUAAAUUUAGUAAGAAUGUUUUUUUAUUGUAUUGAAUCAUCUAUUCACAGCUGCUUUUGUUUUAUUGUUGUUUUAGUGACAGAUUUGGUAUAUUGCACCCACAAUAUUUUAUUAACAUCUGAGUGUGUUACUCAGCUGUGAGAGGAUUUGCUCAGAAACCUCUGUGCUCCCCCCACUCCUUUCUUUUCUCCUGAUCGCUAUAUGGAAAGACAAAUGUGUUCAUGUAUAUCUGCAUGUAUUUACAAAAAUGCCAUGUAGAGCUUAUUUGAAUGAAAUUAAUGAUGCCUGGUGCAAAAUGUUCA